GAUGCAUUUAGUGGGAAAAAUAAAUAUGAGUUGUAAAUGAGUUGAUGAUGAAAAAAAUUCAUAUAAACUAAAAAUAUAUCUUGAGAGAAUAUAAUACUGAUAGGAUAUAUGUGGAUUAUAAGAAUAGAGGAGAGAAGGAUGAUAUAUAUAUUUAUAUAUAAUAGUGAGAAUUAGAUCUUAUAAUAAUAAUUUUAAUGAAUUGCUUAACACAUAGUGGUGUUUUUAAAUCAUUAUGGACAAGACCAUUAUACAAAGCAGGUAAUUUGUAUACAUGGGGUGUUCACAGUUUGGGAUGUGGAAUAAAUUAAGAUUCAUAGAGAGACUAAUUGAGACCAAGGAGAAUUGAUGCUUUUAAUGGAAAUGUUUAAAAGGUAUAUCCAAGUGAAUUCUUCACAGCUGUGAUAACAGGUAUUGAUAUAUAAUAAAUGAUAAGAUAAUGGUGAUUUGUAUACAUUUGGUAACAAUAAAUAUGGUUAAUUGGGAUUGGGUAACACUUAAGAACAUUAAACCCCAUAACUUGUGAAAUACUUUAGAGAUAAAGGAUUAAAGGUAUUAGAUGUGGCAUUGGGAUCAAAUCAUGGAGUAGCAUUGGCUUGUAAGAAAUAAUAAAUAAUAUGACAGCUGAUGGCCAUGUUUAUACAUGGGGAGGUGCAAACAAUUCAUUCUUAGAUUAAUUAUUAUGUAAACCAAAUGGAUUAGGUGAUAAUUAUUAGAACAAUCUUUUAUAACCAUAAUGUGUAGAGAAAUUGGUUGGAACUUCAAAAGGUAAAUUUGUUAGUGCUGGCAUAAACUACUCCAUUGUAGUUAAUGAAAACAAUCAAGUAUAUGUAUGGGGAGCUGGUAAAAGAGGAGAACUUGGUAAUGGAUGUAGAUUGAAUUUCAGAUACCCAGAAUUGAAUCCAAUAUUUGAAUAAUUGACUAAGUCAGGUUAUACAAUCUAAAAGAUUAAAUCAUGUUUUGCUGGUACAUUGGCAUUAUUAAGUAAUUAUUAAUUAUAUUUAUUUAUAGAUGAUGGAAUUGUAGUAGGAUGGGGAAGAAGUUAUUACGGUUCUUUGGGUGUCAGAUAACAAGAAUAUGUUGUCACUGAUUUAGUAUAAUUUAAUCAUAAUGAAAUAGGAAAACUAUUCGCCUACUCCAGUAAACACGAAAUACUUCUAACCUAAUGAGAAGGUUGUAGAUUUUGAUUUAGGAUAUAAUCUUUCUCUUUUCUUAACUGAUUAGAAUAGAAUAUAUUUAUCAGGUUAUGAUGAGACAUAUGUACCUAGACCAAUUGAUCUACCUAAAGAUGAAAAGAUUCUUAAGUUCUCAGCAUCAAAUAAUAGCUUUGCUAUUCUGACUGGUAUUAUGUUACAGCUAUUUUAAUAGAUAAAAAUUUCUACACCUCAAAUGAAUAUGUUAUUCCUCAACAAAAAAGAAAUUUAGGAUUCUUAUUCAAAAGUCAACCUAGAGAAUUAUUUGAAUCUACAAAUAUUGAACAGUUUGGAGGAGGAUAUAGAGUCAGAUAUGCAGUAGUAAAUAAUUGAUAUAUGUGCCUAUAUCUAAAUAAAUAUACAAUAAAAACAUAAUCC